UUUUCCCUUUCUUUUUCUCAUUUGAUUUUCAAGUUUCAACGAUUCUGCGUGUACCCUCAACAAAACACGCACACUAUUCGACUUCCUCUUGCUGCUUCUUAUUCUUCUUCUUCUCUUCCAAUGGCUUCUGAGGCUAUUAAGGGAGCAAAAGUGCUCAUGGUUGGUGCCGGUGGAAUUGGCUGUGAGCUUCUGAAGACCCUUGCUCUCUCUGGUUUUCGUGACAUUCACAUAAUAGAUAUGGACACCAUAGAAGUCAGUAACCUUAACAGACAAUUUUUAUUUCGACAAUCCCACGUUGGGCAAUCCAAGGCAAAAGUUGCUAGGGAUGCUGUGUUAAAAUUUAGGCCCCACAUAAACAUUAAACCGUACCAUGCAAAUGUCAAAGAUCCUGAAUUCAAUGUUGAUUUCUUUAAGCAAUUUAAUGUUGUUCUAAAUGGACUCGACAAUCUUGAUGCACGCCGACAUGUGAAUCGCUUGUGCUUGGCUGCUGAUGUUCCUCUCGUUGAAAGUGGAACUACUGGGUUCCUUGGACAGGUCACUGUACAUGUCAAGGGAAAAACAGAAUGUUAUGAGUGUCAGCCUAAACCAGCCCCCAAGACAUAUCCUGUUUGCACAAUCACAAGUACCCCAUCAAAGUUUGUUCACUGUAUUGUGUGGGCAAAGGACCUACUUUUUGCAAAGUUAUUUGGUGACAAGAAUCAGGACAAUGAUUUAAAUGUACGUUCAAGUGAUGCUGCCAGCUCCUCAGAAAAUGUAGAAGAUGUCUUUGUACGGAGAAAUGAUGAAGAUAUUGAACAAUAUGGAAGGAAAAUAUUUGAUCAUGUAUUUGGGUAUAACAUUGAGUUAGCUUUGUCGAAUGAAGAGACAUGGAAAAAUCGUAAUAGACCAAAACCUAUAUACAGCAAAGAUAUCUUGUCUGAUGAACUGGCCCAACCAAAUGGGAAUGUAGACAAAAAAUGUGCAUUUGAUGAUGAAUUUUCAGUUUCUGCCAUGGCAUCUUUGGGCAUGAAGAACCCUCAGGAUAUAUGGAGUCUUAAGGAAAAUUCUAGGAUAUUUCUCGAAGCGCUGAGACUAUUUUUCACACAUAGGGGGAAGGAUGUUGGCAAUCUGACUUUUGAUAAAGAUGAUCAGUUAGCUGUAGAGUUUGUUACUGCAGCUGCAAACAUACGGGCUGCUUCAUUUGGCAUCCCUCCGUACAGCCUUUUCGAAGCCAAAGGAAUUGCUGGUAAUAUUGUGCAUGCUGUUGCGACAACAAAUGCCGUUAUUGCUGGGUUGAUUGUCAUUGAGACAAUCAAAGUGCUGCAGAACGACAUUAAAAGUUACAGAAUGACAUAUUGUCUGGAACAUCCAUCAAGGAAAAUGCUGUUGAUGCCUGUGGAGCCGUUUGAACCAAACAAGUCUUGUUAUGUUUGUUCUGAGACACCUUUAUCGCUUGAAAUAAACACAAAGCGCGCAAAGUUGAAGGACUUUGUUGAAAAGAUAGUCAAGGCAAAGCUUGGGAUGAACCUUCCUCUUAUUAUGAACUCCUCAAAUCUUCUUUAUGAAGCUGGUGAUGUUGAGGACGACAUGGUUGCAAUCUACUCUGCCAACCUUGAAAAGGUUUUAGCUGAGCUUCCGUCUCCAGUAACUGGCGGAACGAUGCUUACAGUAGAGGAUAUGCAACAGGAAUUUGUUUGCAAUGUUAACAUCAAGCACAGAGAGGAAUUUGAUGAAGAGAAAGAACCUGAUUCGAUGGUUCUCUCAGGAUGGACUCAACAUGUGUCAGCUCCAGAAAACAAAGACAAGCCUGCUGCUAACAACGGCGCAAGCACCUCAGGCGCAUCUGUACCAGCUGCAGAAUCAGAUGAGAUAAGCAUAGUUAGUCCUACCAAGAAGAGAAAACUCACUGACGUUCCAAAUGCUCCGGGUAACGAGGCAAGGAACCAUCAGGAUGAACUGCAAGUAAUUGAUGACGAAGAUGAUCUUGUCAUGCUCGAGGGUAACAUGGAAGGAUUCAAAAAGAGAAAGUUGUCGUAGUCCAUGUGAUUUAAUUUAUGGAGAAGAAAUCUUACAUGCUAAUUUUGUAUUUUGAUAGGGAGGUUUGGCAAUUCUUUUGGCCAUAGGUGUUUUUAGGGUUUUUCUGCUGCUCUUAGGCUUCUGAUUUGGAUAGAUACAAUAUCUUAUGCUUUUUUUUUUUACCUCUGUAUUUUUGACAAAUUCUAGCAGCAACUAUGUAUUAUUCUUGCUGACGUCUGACACCAGAGGAUCACUGACCUUACAGAUUGACUUGCUUACAUUUGAGAUUAGUGAACAGAGUUUUGCAAACUGCAAUCCCUAUUCA